CGCAUAUUCAGCCAGCUCUAUAAACGUGGCCAAAUGAAAAGUUUGGUUGCCAUCGAACCAGCUUUGCUGAAGUAGCGAGCGACCCCUGCGGUUAGUCCUGGCAUCCAUCCCCCUCAGCAGCACAAUAGCAGAGAAUUUAAUAAAGGCAGCGGUUGGAUGUGCUCCAUCUCCAUCUCUAACGCCAUCUCCAUCGCCAACACCAACUCCAACUCCGAUUGCUGUUGCUCGUCCUGGCGGGGAUCACACGCAGUGCGACAAAAGCCGCCCGCAGCGUUUUUAUAUGCGCACAUAAUUCAAAAACACUGCAAAAGUUAAUGCCCAAAAGCGAGGCGAAGUGAAGCCGCCGCAAUGAUAACCAACAAUAAUUUGGAUUACGACAAGAGCUCAGCGGCAGCCACAGUGACAGCAACAGCAACAGUGGCAACAUCAAUUGCCACCGGCAACAGCAAUGGAAGUGCCAGCAGCAGCAACAACUCAUCACCAACCGCUGACAAUUCGAACUCGAACUCAAACUCGAAUUCGAAUUCAAACUCUAACUCGUAUUUCAACCGCUUCGACAAUCGCAUUGCUGCCAAUUUGGCUGCUGUUAUAACCGGCGCACGCUUUCGUUCCUCCUCCUGCAACAGUCGCCAACAGCAGCAACAGCAAUCUUUGGGCAAUGGCAGAACAACAACAACAACAGCCAUGACAAGAUCAAAUUUGACGCGCAGCAGACCAGCAACACCUUCAUCGCCCGCUACUUUGGGGCGACGUCGUCCUCUGCAGCUGUUCAGCCAGGCGAAUCUCAACUGCAAUGACAACGAGAAGGUGGCUCAAACGCCCAGUUCCGAUGAGGACAACUCACCCACAGAGCUGAACAAUUGCAAGCGCUUGACGGACAAGCCGCCACUGGUUAAGCGCCUGACCAUGGGUCUGCUGCGUCACAAUGAGGAGUCACGCCCCCUUGUGGGCAGUGUUACGCCCCUGAGCGGAGUUGCACUCAAGGGCGACGACACUCAGCCCAUCUACUCGAAUGGCUACAUCAACGAGGACUCGUACAUUGACAGCAAGUUUGGAGAUUCGUGCCGCCAAUCCUUGACUGCGAUUCCGAUGCUCGACAAUGUGAAUCUCAACGACAACAGCGAGUUCAAUCUGAAGAAGCGUUAUCUGCGCGAAACCAGCAGUGCAAACUCGAGUCCUAAGAUCUUUGCCAAUCGCCUGCGGAUGAACAAUGCGGCGGCAGCUGCUGCAGCUAGCUUGGCGGCCAAUCAGCGCAGCAGCAGCUUGGCGAAUACGCACAUCAGCGAGGAGGAGGCGGAUGCGGACCUCAAGGAUGCCUGCUGGUAUCAGGCGGGCAUCUCACGUGACAUUGCCGUCGAGGUGCUGCAGAGCAAGAGUCCGGGCGCCUUUCUCGUGCGCAAGAGCAGCUCCAAGCCCGGUUGCUAUGCGCUCACACUGCGUGUUCCAUCACCGCCGGGUCCCAACAUAGCCAACUACAUCAUUCUACGCUCGCCGCGUGGCUACAAGAUCAAGGGCUUUCGCAAGGAGUUCUCCAGCUUGAAGGCGCUGAUAACCCACCAUUCAGUGAUGCCGGAACUGCUGCCCGUUCCCCUGGCCAUGCCCAGGCCGGCAAAUAUGUCCUCAUCGCGACGCAAUCUGGAUGACUUUGAUACCUAUGAUUCGCUGCAAAUGCUGCUCAAGUAUUUGCGUGCCAAGAAUCUCGAGGCGGAGCAGUAGCACGUAUUUUAAAUGAAGAUCUCAAGGAUCCACGUACUAUAUGACAUAAUUGUAGCACACAAAUUGCAUUUAGGCAUUAGGCAUAAGAGAGCAAAAUGAUUUUGCUUCAAUAUUCGAUAACAAAAAUGUGAUACUCUAUAAAGAAGAACACAAACACAACACACACACACAAAUACACGCACACUCUAAAACACAAACGAACACGAAAACUGCAAAUGAAACGCCUAGCUGAUAAAUGGUGAAAAUAAUUCUAGUUUAGUUUCCUUUCUCUUUUGGCCAUUAAUAAGAGUCCACAAAUGUGAAAUGAAAACAUUGAAGGAGUUGAAACAAUGUGAAAAUGAGCACAGAAAAAUUAGCAAGCAAAUUCCAAAUUUUCGUUUACAUAAAUUGAGGUUCUAAACUUACUUCAUUUGUUUUCAUAGAUUUUCCAUUGGCCCUGAAAGUAAACAAAAAUAUAUAAUAUAAUUAAAUUAAUUAAAAUCUAUAUAUGAAUAUUAUGUAUUAAAAAUUAUAUGUUAAAUGUUGUUGCUGCUUCAAUUGUUAAGCGUAAAUAAAUGUACUAAGCAUAAAUUGCAUAUUUUAAAUUAAGAUAAACAAAAGCGCAUAAAAACAACCUACAACCUAAAUAUGUAAAUAAUUCACUACCCUAACAUAAUUGA